UUUACUCCACACACGCCUAGAGUAAAUUGUAUACUCUACCCAUAAGAUUAAUCUAUUUAUGUCUUCCUGAACUUUCUUUACCACCUUGUCUGGCAAGCCCUCCAGAAAUGUAGAAGGAUUUGUACAAAUGAAGAGAAUUAUUUCAAGUUUUUGCAUCCAAGUUCUCAUGGGAAAAAGACAUAUUAAAGAAUUUUUAAUUUAUAAAAACACAGUAUUUGAACAAAUGCACGAUGAUUAACUUUUAUGGACUAAACCUGUGACAGCUGUUAAAGUUCUGUAUUUGUUCACAGUAUAUACUGGAUAUGAAUGCUGAAGAUACAGUGCAUAUACAGUAUAUAUCAGGAUAUUUUUAUUAAAACCCUAGAUAAAUGAGUUUUCAAGAAAACUGCAGACUCGAAUACAAGGCCCCAACUGCAAUGUUUUUGUCCAGAGCUAUCAGUCCUUAGUGCCCUCCCACCUUCUUACUAUAAACUAGCCUGAUGGCCUUUUUACAGCGUGUAUUAUGAUUUCUAAAUGUCUUUAAUACUCGGAAACAUUUAACAUGCUUUGCAAACAUUUAAAUAACUUAAAAACAAUAAUUUAAAGUACUUUCAAUUUAGGAUUGCAGGACAUAUUUAAAACAUACAAUAAGAUUUGGGCGUAUAGUAUUGCUUCCAAAGUCACAAACAUUUUAAAAUUCUUCCUUCCAAUAUUGUGCACACACAUAAAAUAAACCGCAAAGAUGCCAGUGGAAUCUCCUUGAAAAUAAUUCCCUCGCAGUGCACCCCUGCGACAGUGAGCCGCAGGUUUAUGCGGCGCCCGGGGGCUGCACAGGGCCGGACGCCUCUCGCCGCCCCGCCUCGGGGAGGCUUCACUUCUUCGCCCACAAAAUGCCGGAGGAAGCCAGCGGGUCAGGCAGGCAGCGCCUGUGGAGGGAAAGGAACAGUCGACGUAUCGGGCUGAGACCUUGCCUCAGGGUCCAAAGGAAGAGUCUCGGCCCGAAGCGUCGGCUGUUCCUUUCCCGCCGCAGGCGCUGCCGGACCCGUUGGGCUCCUCCGGCAUUUUCCGUGCGUUGCUCCACACUGGCACCUCUCUCGUGUCCUCACUUCCUCGCCGCCGGCGUCCUCAAAGAGCCCGCCCCGACUUCAACAUCCAAGUGGGCGUGUUUGUGGGUGACGGGAGGCGGCUGAAAGUUGACAGAAACAAACGGCGCGCAAUUCGCAGGUGGAAACGGCGGCGGGGUGGCUGCCGUUCGGCGGCGGCCACGGUGCGGAGCGGCGCCCCACUGAAGCCGGGGAGCGGCCGUCAGCCCGAUGCAAUGGCCACUACAAUCAGUAAAUACAGAACAAGAGCAAGAGCAAGAACAAGCACACUUCAAUGUUUGUCUAAGUCACGUAUUGACCGAAGGCGCACACGGAUGGAUUCAGUUUCUCAGAUGUGCGACACAGAUGAGGAAGCGGAGUCUUCCUGUGAAGAGAGUGAGGAUGAAGAGUCAAGGAGUAGUACCUCUGAAGAUGAGCCGAACCCAGCAAGCAAAACAACAGAUAGUUCAGAUGAGAAAGAGGAGUCUUCAUGUGAAGAGAAUGAAGAUGAAGAGUCGAAGAGUGGUACUGCAAAGGGUGAUGAUGAUCAAAACCCAGCCAAGAAAACCACAGAUAGUUCAGAUGAAGAACAGGUUAUUCAGAAGAAGCGUUUCCGUUUGAGUAAUCUAUUCACUGAAAGUGAGGACAGUUCAGAUAGUGAGAUUUGUAGCAAGCCAAUGAGGAAGAUAAAAGGCAAUUCGCACUGUAUUUUUGUACAGGAUGAAGAAAGCAAUGAUGAGGAAAGAUCAUCGGACAUUAAUUGUGUAAAAAUUGAAGCGACCCCUCAGCUAGAGAAAGAACUAACAAUUGCUCGAAAGAGGAAACGGCAUUUGCAGCUUAAACGUUUAUCACAGAAGAAAAAGUCCCAAAGCACCACUAGUAGUAGCUUUGAGUUAAUUGAGAAAUCAGAUGAAGAGUCUGAGACAUCAUCUCUCUCCCAAGUGCAAAAUAGUUCAGGAACAGAGUGGGAAGAUGACAGUUUAAAAGACUUCAUUGUAUCUGAUGAAAAAGAUCUGCAAAUAACAACAUCAGACCAUAUUGAAUUAUCAAAAUCUCUCCUGGCAAAACAUCUUCCAAACUUCCUCAUCCGUGAUCUCUACUCACACUUCCAAAGAGUUGUUAAAGCUUUGCUGAUCAAUGCAUUUGAUGCCAAUUUCCUUAAAUCCUUGUAUGAAGGAAGCAGGAAGAAGAAAUAUGCAAAAGAAAUCCUGAACUCACUGAAUUAUUUGGAUGAGCGCUGUGUUCAGAUGCGUCUUAUAAACUUAACGUCAACAAGCCGGUGGAAAGAUCGCUACAAGGAGCGUGUAGAUUGUUAUCCUAAUCUUCAUGUAAAAGAGCACCCAGGAAUCAAAACAUCUUGUCAAGCCUGUGAACUGAAACGCACUUGUAGGUUCACAGUUAUCCUGUCAGGGCAGCUAUACGAUUCCAAGAGUUUGGAACAGGACAGCUUCAUGUCAAAUGACAAGCAGGUGAUGUUAGUUGGCCGAGUGUGUUCGGAGAGGACAAAAGUGUACCAUGGUUUAAAGCACUUUAAGUAUGGGUUGUAUCAGCAGUGCUGUUCCAUGGUACAGAAUGAAGGUACUCGGGAUGAAAGUGUGAAAGAUGCUGUUGAUCUGAUCUACAGGCGCUUGGAAGAACAAAAGUGGAUAAAAGAGCGAUAUCGCGAUCUUGAAAUGAUUCUUGAUGAUGCUGAUUAUUUCUGUGAAGAGAAGCUUCUUGAAUAAGACAGAAGGAAGAAAACAAGAAGGAUGUUAUUUUGUUUUAUACUUUCUAGCACACACCUUCCCUCUCUGUCUUGGAUUUUGGAACAAUCCAUGCCACAUGCUGCUUCAUCACUGCGCUAAAAGCAAUUGGCCAAUUUAAAGGUCAUCUGUGGGACACAACUUCACCACUGCUUUGUUAUGAAGCAGGAAUCCUCUCAACACUGUUUCUAACCUGCCUAUUUUUGUAAUGUAAUGUAAUGUAAUGCAGAUUUAUGUCUACUUUCUAAUGUGAAAAUAUGGACCUUUAACUAGUUUAAUCAGAGUAUUCAAAAGAUAUGGUUGAAAUAAAUAGUGUGUGGUAUACGCUUCAAUUAUAGAAUAUAGUUUGUGUCAAUAGUUUGAAGUUAUUGAGGUAUACAUCAAAGGUUAAAAUAAAGACCUUUCUAGUGAACAAUCAAAAAUUGUUUGCAUUAAGCACAGAUCUUCUGUUAGGUGUGUGGAUCAUAACCAGUAGCUGUGUUAAUGGAAAGAGCUGCAGGGUCAAUGUUGGGUAAUUCCCCACUACAAAGGGAAACAUGCUGAGGAUCAUCUUCUUCCCCAUAAUUUCUAGAGCUUGUACAGGCACUUGGAAAUGUUAUUUUUUGUCUUCUUAGAAAAUGGUGCAAAUAUUCUGAAAAGGGAUGAGGUAAAUGACAAUUAUCAGUAUUUUUUUUAUCUGUACACAGAAUAUGGAUGGCCUGACGAUUAUAUUUGUUGUCUAUAACUAGUUGCACUGAGAAAAUGGUGAUCUCUCUUUGAGCAGCUGUGGUCCUUGUGGUGAUGGUCCUCCCAUAAUGCACUUAAGGUGAGGAACUCAAGGAUUUUGUGGCAGUGAAAGAAUGAUGACUGCAUGUCCAAUUCAAGCUGGUGUGUGUGACGCAAAGGCGAGCGGAGGAUUGUGCUUCCAAUGGUUGAGGUUGCUGGGGGGGGUAGGCUUUGUUGAGGUAAUCCUUGUGUGUUGCUGCAGUGCAUGCAGUGAUCCAUAAUACACCGUUGAUGGAGGAAGUGAAUAUUAAUGUCAGUGGUUGAGAUGCCAAACAGUUGGUCUGCUCUGCCCUGAAUGAUAUCAAGCUUUCUAAGUGUUGUUGCAGUAGUACCUAGAUCAGUGUGUAGUAUGUAGUCUUUCAUACUCGCCAAGAUUGCAGUCGGCAUGGAGAUUUGACGAUGGUAAAACUUUAAUCAAGUGACAUUAUGGGACAUUCUCUUAUUCAAGCUAGUCACUGCUUGACAAUUAUUAGUCACAAAUGUUUUCGAGAUCAUGCUUUGGCUGGUGUGGCCAGCUUUGCUACAGGGGAAAUUAUGAAUGGAUAUAUAUAUAUAUAUAUGUUAAAUCAUUGUUAAAUGGACCCAAGCCUGACCUAACAGGCAUUACAAUGCAAAAUGCAUCCCUUCAAGUAUCUCUGCAUUAAUUUCAUUUGCUAUGUGUCUGUACAUUUCAGCAGUCUGGCUGUAUCCUCCUGAAAUCUGUAGUCAGGACUAUUUGUGUAGAGGUGGAGAAACUCGUUAUUGAGUUGAACUGUUUGAAUGCUUAUACUAUAUAAAAAAAACUGUUCAAGGAAUGAUUUAGUAUAUGGAACUCUAUUAUAAGAAAUUGUUCAUUUUGUGUUAAAAUAUCAAAAUAAUAUUUUAAAUUCUUAUUGUAUUUUGUAAAUUUUUAUCUUGCUGAAAUAAUUUACAAUAUCUAAAUGUGCAUUUUGAAGUAUGUGUCACAUUAUACCUAUUAAGGGUACAUUACUCCAUUUAUUGACUUCUUUCUAAACUAACAACUCUUUCUUACCUCUACUACCUUGAAUUUUAAUAGCUCUGGGCACUGAAAAAUAUCAUUAAUUAAAUUUAUUUCACAUUACAAUUUAGAUGCCUCACCUUGAUAUAAAUUAGUGAGAUUAAUCCAACAUGAACUUCCCAGUUCACUGACACGUUAGCAACAUUUGAUAGCCAGUCCAUUGGAUAGAUUAAAGUACAUUUGCUAUUUGUUUCCAAAACUUGUACAAUUUUGUCUUUAUGAGCUUCUGGAACAUUGAGGUGGCAAGCCCUCCAUGCACCUGUUCCACUUGGAUUCUCUGCUCUCGUUUAGUUUACUUUACACACAAGUGAUCAUUUCUGAGCUAGUUGGCUUAACGCUUACCUUCUCUGAUCUCAAACAACAUGUAUAACAAAGCAACACACUUAUCUCUCUUACUGGAUUCCCUAGCCAUAGAAUUUGACUUCCAUAACCUCUUCCUCACUGCUUGGGAUAAACCAUGUACUUGUAAGAUAAGAUCUUUAUUAGUCACAUGCACAUCGAAACACACAGUGAAAUACAUCUUUUGCGUGGUGAUUUUGGGGGGCAGCCCGCAAGUGUCGCCACGCUUCCGGCGCCAACAUAGCAUUCCCACAACUUGCCAAUCUGUACGUCUUUGGAAUGUGGGAGGAAACCUGAGCACCCGGAGGAAACCCACACAGACACGGGGAGAACAUACAAACUCCUUACAGACAGUGGCCAGAUUUGAACCCGGGUCGCUGGCGCUGUAAAGCAUUGUGCUAACCUCUAUGCUACCGUGCCAUCUCCACUAUGUGGAAGCAGUGUUUUACACUGGCAGGGUAAGGAUUAUUGCAGAGGAGUAAGUAUAUAUAAAUCUCACAGAACAAGGUAAAUCUUCUCCCUAAACAAAGUGCAUUUUCUGAUGUCUGCCUAGCACCUGCUCAUUUACCUCUAUCUCAAAAAACAUUCCUGUCCUAUUUAAUUAAACAAACUGAAUGAUGUGCAUAACUGUACGGUUUAUCCUUCUAGAAUGUUCAGUCUUUUGUUGAACAAAGGAACUUACUAAUGACCAAUAAUGCAUGAUAUAUUUAUUUCUGACUGUCUGAGUCCCAAAUCAAGCUUUUUAUGAUGAGUAAGGAAUGUUAUGUUUGUACACAUUGAUCUUAAAAACAUUCAUAAUUUUAAUUAGCUUUGGUUUUCCAGUCAUUUUCUGUAUGAUUUAAUUAUUGGCUCCAUUUUAAGAAUAAGUUCUGAGAAAUUGUAGGGGAUUUUUGUUAUAACGUCUUAUUAAUAUUAUUAAAAGAUGUAUUCAGAUACUAUACCUACAAUUAGAAGAUAAGAAAAUAAGUAUACAAUAAAUAGGAACAGGAACUAGCCACUUGGUCCCAUAAGCCUGCUCCUGCAUUCACUAAGACUGUGGCUUAUCAGGUCUUUGGCCUCAACACCUCAAUUCCGUUAAGCAAAUGGCCUUUUUGUGCAAGAGAAGAUGGAAUAAUACUUCUACAUUCUAAA